AAAACUUGAACCUUGAGUUUGUUUACAGUGUUACUGCCCUGUAGAGGAGUGCUCAUGACUUCCGUCACCUGGUAGUUAACUAUCCAUUUAUCCUAUUCCCACUUUACCUGCAAUAUCCACACCUUUACUUAGGAGGGACAGGAGAAAAGACUCCACAUCAGGUAGGUCAGUUAGAAGAAGAGACCGCAUGAACGAGGAUGAUAAAUAUAAUUUCGAUUAUAAAUGGGGAACAGUUGCAGGUAGGCAGGGUUUCUAAAGUGGAGACAGGAACUGACAGGUGGACCUGAACCCCAGGAGCAGUAGACUCAUGUAUAACUCAGAGCAUUCAUCCCAUCUUCACUCUACCAAGGAGCAGCUGUGGAAGAAGAGGACAGUGGUACCUUCUUCUACAGAGAAUGAGGAACUGAGUCAACUCUUUAGAUUGCAUAAGAACAACAAGAUCUGUACCACAAAGUAUACUCUCCUUUCCUUCCUGCCGAAGAAUCUGUUUGAACAGCUCCAUCGCUUAGCCAAUGUCUACUUCAUCUUCCUUGCUACUCUCAACUUUGUUCCUGUGGUGGAGGCCUUCCAGCCAGAGAUCGCUCUGGCUCCUAUCAUAUUAGUGCUGUCAGUGACGGCUGUCAAGGAUAUCUGGGAAGACUACCGCAGGUUUAAGUCAGAUCAUUUGAUCAACAGGCUUCUCUGCCAAGUUUACAGCAGCAAACAGAGAGCCUACAUUGACCAGAGCUGGAAGGAUGUGGAUGUGGGAGACUUUGUCCGUCUGUCCUGUAAUGAAAUCAUCCCUGCUGACAUGCUGCUGCUUUACUCCUCUGACCCCCGUGGGGUCUGCUACAUUGAGACCGCCAACCUGGACGGAGAGACCAACCUUAAACAGAGACAGGUGGUUCCAGACCUCCCUCUGCAGGAGGGUCAGGAGUUCACUCCUGAGAGCUUCCACAGCCGUAUCGAGUGUGAGAACCCCAACAAUGACCUCAGCAGGUUCAGAGGCUACAUGGAGCACUCCACUGGGGUUCGUGUUGGCCUCCAUAACAACAACCUCCUGCUGAGGAGCUGCACCAUCCGCAACACUGAGACUGUGGUGGGCAUUGUGGUUUAUGCUGGUCAUGAGACUAAAGCCAUGAUGAACAACAGUGGACCGAGGUAUAAGCGUAGCCAGCUGGAGAGACGUCUGAACACAGACAUCCUGUGGUGUGUGGUCCUGCUCAUCAUCAUGUGUAUGACUGCUGCCAUAGGUCAUGGCCUCUGGCUGAAGAACCUAAAAGACCCUGUGUUUGUGGCUGAUGGAGAGACAGCUCCUGCCCUGGCUGGAUUCUAUGUCUUCUGGACUAUGAUCAUUGUGCUGCAGGUGCUGAUUCCCAUUUCUCUGUAUGUGUCCAUUGAGAUUGUUAAACUGGGCCAGAUCUACUUCAUCCACAAUGACUUAGCCUUGUACAAUGAGCAGUUGGACUCCAGGAUCCAGUGCCGGGCCCUCAACAUCACUGAGGACCUGGGUCAGAUUCAGUACCUGUUCUCUGAUAAGACAGGAACUCUGACAGAAAACAAGAUGGUGUUUUGCCGCUGCAGUAUUUUUGGGGUUGAAUAUCCUCAUGAGGAAAAUGCUCGGAGGCUGGAGGUGUAUGAGGCGGAGAAGACCGAGGCAGCUGGUCGCUCUGUGACUCUGAAGUCUGGCUGCAGUGGUAAAUCUCUGAGCUGUCGCUCACUCAGCUGCAACCGCAGUUCAGUGUCUCUGCACACACUCACUGCUGAGUCUGAAGAUGAGGAGGACCACCUAUCCAGUCACAUCGAGCCCAGGACCAGUACCUUCUGCAGCCGCAUGGCGAAAGAGGUGGUGCCAGACCCUGAACUGGUGAGGAAAUUAAACUGGUUUUGCUCUCCUGUGCUGCCUCUGAAUGAGGCCUCCUCUGGGACUCCGUCCAGCCUGGAGCUCACCUACAUCACUGACUUCUUCCUGGCUCUGGCCAUCUGUAACAGUGUGGUGGUCUCCUCGCCCAGUCAGCCUCGACAUGUGGUCCCUGAAACACGAAGCUUGAAGUCCCUGGAGGAAGUCAAGCUGAUGUUUCAGCGCUUCAGCUUCUCUCCUUUCUCAGCCCUCUCCUCUCCCCAGAUCAAAGGCAGCCCUCGCAGCUUCACCAGCAGGCUGUUCAGUCGGGGAAAGGCUGCAUCUUUGACCUUUUCAGCGCCCCCUAACUGCACCACAGAUGGGUCAGAACAAGGCCUACAGAGCAACCUGGAAACCUCCAACCAUGAUCUCAAGGAUUCAGAGACAAACAGGCCCCAACAGGAUGUGGAAGAGGACUCUCACAGUGACACGGAUGAUGAACUGCUGUAUGAGGCAGAGAGUCCAGACGAGGCGGCUCUGGUCCACGCGGCCCGGGCGUACCACUGCACCCUGAGGGGACGCUCUGCAGAUGCCCUGCUGGUGGAUCUGCCAGGAAUUGGCUCUCUGGCUGUUCAGCUGCUCCACAUUCUGCCUUUUGACUCCAACAGAAAGAGGAUGUCAGUGGUGGUCCGCCACCCGCUCACAGGACAAGUGGUCGUUUACACCAAGGGAGCUGACUCUGUCAUCAUGGACCUCUCUGAGACUCCUAAAGGUGCAGAGCAAGCUCAGGAGAUCUACAGUCACAUCAGAGAACAAACCCAGAAACAUUUAGACAGCUAUGCCAGAGAAGGCCUCCGCACACUCUGCAUCGCUAAGAAGGUUCUGGAGGAGGAGGAGUAUGAAGUGUGGCUGAAGAGACAGCUGCUGGCAGAGAGCAGCAUAGAGAACAGAGAGGAGCUGCUGCUGGAGUCAGCUCAGAGACUGGAGACCAACCUCACCCUGCUGGGUACCACAGGGAUUGUAGACAGACUACAGGAGGAGGUCCCAGAGACCAUUGAAGCUCUUCAGAAGGCUGGGAUCAAAGUCUGGGUUCUAACUGGAGACAAACAGGAGACAGCCAUUAACAUUGCCUAUGCCUGCAAACUCCUCUGUCCCAAUGACCAGCUGCUGACAGCCAACUGUGGAAGCAAGGAUGCAUGUGCAGCUUUUCUUGAGGAGCUCAAACUGGAAGUGCAGCGUGGUCAAGACAGCUUGACAGAGUUAACUGCAGCAGGAACUGGUGGAGAAUCCUGCUCAGGCUCCGGCUCAGGCCCAGGUUCCGGCUCAGGCUCAGCCUCAGCCUCAGGCUUGGGUUUAGGUUCAGGCUCAGCCUCAGGCUCGGGUUUAGACUCAGGCUCAGGGUCCAGCAUCGCGGCCAGCUUCAUCCUGGUCAUAGAUGGCCAGACACUGAGCUGGGCCCUUCAAGAGGAGCUGAAGAGCAGCUUCCUGGAGCUGAGCCGUAAAUGCAAGGCAGUCAUCUGCUGCAGGUCCACCCCACUGCAGAAGAGCCAGGUGGUGCGGCUGAUCCAGGACCAGCUCGGCGCCAUGACCCUGGCUGUGGGUGAUGGAGCCAAUGAUGUGAGCAUGAUUCAGACAGCUGACGUGGGCAUCGGGAUAUCUGGUCAGGAGGGAAUGCAGGCUGUGAUGUCCAGUGACUUUGCCAUCUCCAGGUUUAAACACCUCAGGAAGCUGCUGCUGGUUCAUGGUCACUGGUGUUACUUUCGUCUGGCAAACAUGAUCCUCUACUUCAUCUACAAGAACGUGAUGUAUGUGAAUUUGCUGUUCUGGUAUCAGUUCUUCUGUGGAUUCUCUGGGAGCGUCAUGACCAACUCCUGGGUACUCAUCCUCUUCAACCUGCUCUUCACCUCCGUUCCUCCUCUUAUCUAUGGCGUUCUGGACCAGGACACGCCUGCAGACACUCUGAUGGCCUCACCAGAGCUCUAUCAGGCCACACACACCUCCAAGGUCUAUGUUCCCUGCAUGUUCUGGAUCACAGUCCUGGAUGCAUUUUACCAAAGCCUUAUCUGCUUCUUUGUACCUUACUUUGCUCUGGCAGGAUCAGAUAUUGGGGAGCUGUCGUUUGGCUCUCCCAUCAACGCCUCAGCUCUCCUCAUCAUCCUGCUGCACCAAGUCCUGGAGAGUCAUGUUCUGACGUGGAUUCAUGCUCUGGUUUUGGUGCUCAGUGGUGCAUCCUACUUUGGCUUUGUGCUGCUCUUCAGUGUGUCCUGUGUGACCUGCAGCCCCCCCACCAACCCUGUUGGUGUGGAAGCACUCCACAUGUCCCAGCCUCUCUUCUACAUCAUAUGUGCUGUCACCACUGUAACAGCUCUGUUACCCAGGCUGUUAUUUCGAGCUCUGCACAACACCUUAUACCACUCUGAUUCUCUGAAACUGGCUCAGACGGUCAAAAUGGAUACAGAGGAGUACCAAAGGAGAAUGCAGCACUGGAACCUGAGCCACGCCAGAGUCAACAGGCUGCCAGUGUGUGCCGACAACCCCAGCCCGGACCCCAGCACAGCCUAAGUGGUGUCCUGACCUCCCUCUACACUCACACACAGCCCAGAGCAGCGUCUUCCUGUCAGCGGGGCAGAGCAGACUCAGACCAGUGGAUGAUCUGACCAGGCAAAGACCUGAAACUUCAGAAGAGACUGUGAUGUUGACUUGCUGCAUUCAAGUGCAUGUCACUGACAGAAAAAAUUCCUUUGGUGCAAUGAAAGGCUUUGUACAGAUGUGGACUUUCUGUUAUUCCACUCUUUACGGGCUCUGCUGACAGGCUGCUGUCUUUGCUGCAUAUCAACAGCCAAUGAACUCUUGCUGAGAACCACUGAGAGAACUGUGUUUUGACUGAACAUAUUCUACUUACUGAAAUUAAUCUGAGUCUGUUGAAAUAUCCAAAUACCAAGCAUUUAUGAACAGGAGCUUUGAAACAUGACCAUCACAUGGAACAUUUAGACAUUUCUGUGAUAUUUUUAGAGACACUGUGUGUUUAAUUUGAACAUCAGGAAACAAUCAGCUUCUUAUCUUCUAAUAAACGAAUGAGACCAACUUCUCCUUUAGUUUACACUGCAGUUAACAGUGUGAGCCACCAGGCUUGAUGUAACAGGACGUCUGAUUGACAUGAUCAGGGCUACAUUCACACCGAAGCUAAAAGUGACUAAACCAGAUUUGAUUUAUUGUGUAAGACUUGGCUUUCAAUCAUACCCUGUGGCCUUAUCAUGGAGACACAGCAGUUAAUACUUGAACAGAGACAGAGGUUACUUUCUGUUGUGCAUUAAAAUGGUGCUUCACUGAACUGAAAGCCUUUAUGCAGCUAAAGAGAUUUCUAGAUGGCACAAAACAGGUUUUCUGGUAUGAACAAGGAAAUCAGCCUCCAUAUGAAGAAGGCAGGAUAAGGAAGUAAUAGUGUGAUUAUUAUUUAGAGUUAGUGUGUAGUGGUGCCAGUACCGCUGCUGUGUGUGAUCCUGGUGUUAACGUGCUCAGUUACCACAGUGGUCAGGGCCGAUCACUGCAUCAUACUGACCUGAUUCUGAACCAGUCUGUUUAUUAGUUCACUGAUCUUGUGUUGCUGUAUUGAACAGUCUCCAUACUGAGCCCACAUCUGUACAGGACAUGACGAUACUCAUGUCAGAACAAAGACUGAAGCUAAACUGUUCAUCCUGUUAGACUGGUGCAUUAGACUGGCUGAUCACUCUCAGGCUGAGCUGCACAUCAUGGAUUAACAGAGACCAGGCUUUAUUCAAAAGUUUGCUCUAUUCUCAUCUGCACUGCAGUUAACUGCUGUUCAAAACUGACAUGGUUGUAACAGAUGCCCUAAAUAACCAGUGAUGAAUUGCUGAAGGAUGGUGUCAGUGACGCUGUGAAUAAUACAUGUUUACAGACUCGGUUUCAGAUACAUCAAACUUUUUUCCACUGAUGGAGCUGUUGUUGAUGUCAUUGGUUUCCUCUCAUUGUAGUCAAGACAGAAAAUCAAUUCAAAGUCAAACAGAUGCUUGAAACUCUUUGAUUGUGAGUUGUCCAGUCAAUCACAGUCAGCAUUAGGUUACAUUAUCAAUAUUAAUGCUGUUGAAGCACAGAUUGAUUUGAAAAGUCUGCACUGUUGAUCAUGUACACAGAACAAACAUGAAUUCAGACAUCUUCAGAGCACCAACUGCAGUUUCCACAGAAAAAAAAUCAGGUUUUCUAAAGUGUAAUCAUAUUUCAUAACUUCACAUGAAGGUACACAUCUGUUAUUUUUCAUAAAUGUGGUAAAAUGAACAUGUCAGUUCCUUACCAUCAUGUUUUUAAUUCUGUUAAUAACAGAAGAUGUGUGUGAGAUGUGGCAGGUUUAUUUCAGAAUUUGAAUUAAAUGCCAUAAUCUUUCAUUUUGAAAUGAAAGCCAUAAUAACAUGUUGAGAUUAGUUCAGACCAUCUGUUUUAGGAGUGUGAAUGUAUUCUGCAGCAACUUUAAAAUGAAGUGACCUUACUUCCUCUGUGAACCAGCUGAGAACAUGAUGAUCUUCUCUCAGCCUCAGCUCUGAUACACUACCUUCAGGUUUUGACCUUUCCACCAAAGUCUUGAUCGUUUGUCACUGAUGAGGAUUGUUAUAUUGUGUAAUGAUCCACUUGUUUCAUUGUUUGAUAUUUGUAUGACACAUUGCAAUAAUUAAAAAUGGACUGUUGUCCAGACCCUG